AUGGCGUUUGGGAUUUUGGAAUGCAAGGACGGCGAGUCAGCCCCAGGAACAGGUGGGGACCCUUUCUUCCGACUGCUACGCAUAUUGCUGACGACAGUAGUGAUAUUGAGUUAUCAGGAUUCCAAUGAGGACCACGAUGAGGAGACCUCUGAGUCCGCGAAAGGCCAGCAUCAGCGUCGCGGCAUUGUAUUGGUUCCGCAACCAUCUGACUCUCCGGAUGAUCCUUUAAAUUUGCCGCAAUGGAGAAAAGAUUUCAUUCUGCUUAUUGUCAGCCUCCUCUCCUCGGUUGUGGGUGCAUACGGCCCUAUGCUAGGUCCUGGAUUUGUCGAUAUAGCUGAGGAGCUAGGGGUCAGCGUCAAUGAAAUCUCACAAGCCACCUCAUAUCUGGUACUGGCAAUCGGGCUUGGUCUCCUCGUUAGCAACCCCCUCGCGAAAUGCUACGGGAAACGGCCAGUUUAUCUGAUUGCCGGUCUGAUCCUCUUUGCUUCUAGCAUCUGGGGUGCCCUAACCCAUAACUACAAGUCGUUUCUUGCUUGUCGACUAGUGGGGGGUUUGGGUAUGGGACCAUUUGAGGUCCUCGUGCAAUGUACCAUAGGAGACCUCUACUUCGUCCAUGAACGCGCUACUCGAAUUGCUUUCUGGAAUCUGUUCCUAGGGACCGGGAUCGCAGCAGGGCCCAUUGUCAGCGCUUAUAUCAUUCAAUACUCCGGGUACCGCUGGACCUUUGGUACAUGCGCCUUUUUCUACGGAGUCUUGACUGUGGCCCUCUUCUUCUUUGCCCCUGAAACGGCAUAUGUCAGAGAAGCCAGCUCAUCCGGGCCCUCAACCGAUCAGUUGCCUAGAGUGGAGCACCCUGAGGUAAAGGAAAGGGAGCCUCAGCAGCAAACCUUGGGACAGCAACCAAGCGGCCAGCCACUGGUCGCACAAAGGAAGGGCUCCUAUUGGAGAUCUCUCAGAGUAUACACUGGGAUAUACUCUAAUGCUUCGUUUCUCAAAGUCAUGAGCCGCCCGUUUAUCCUCUUUCUCUACCCGGGGAUCUUGUGGGCAUUUCUAAUCUGGGGCACGACGAUAACAUUCACCAUUGUGUUCAGUUACGUCAACGGAGUGAUUUUCACUGAGCCCCCUUACAAUUUCAGCGUCUCCCAAGUUGGACUAAUCAAUAUAUCACCCUUGGUGCUCAGCAUUAUUGCUGAGGUCAUUUCUGGUCCUCUCUGCGACAUGAUCUGUAUCUAUCUGACCAAGAAGAAUAACGGCUUCUAUGAGCCCGAGUUCCGAUUAGUCCUGGUAUCACUGGGGUUCAUCCUGGGUGUUGCCGGGUUCUAUGGCUUUGGUGCCACGAUCCAUUAUCAGACUCACUGGACUGGACCGGUCCUCACGUAUGGGCUGGUUAACGCGUCGCUGGCCGUCUGCUCAACCUGUGUCUUCGGAUACAUUAUUGAUGCGUACAACGCGCUCGGUGAAGAGGCUUUUGUGGCUGUUAAUGCGAGGAACUUCCUCAGCUUCGGGGUCCUGUACUUCAUUAAUGAGUGGCUCGCCAAAGAUGGAGUCCUGGAGGUUUUUAUAGUCCUGGGAAGCCUUUUUGUCUUCACCAGUCUUCUCACGAUUCCCCUAUGGAUAUUCGGGAAGAGGUUUCGGGCUAAGACCGACAGGAUUGUUUGGCUGAAGAAUUACAUGAAAGAUUGA